AGACGCCCAGUGGGGCGGAGCGGUAAAGGGAAGGAGGAGGGAAGUAGGACUACAACAUGGCGGCUGAGGUAGUGGCGGUGGCUACGGUGACGGCCUGGACCGGCGCGGGUAGAGUUGGAGGUGGUGGCGUUCCCUUUCCCUAGGGGCCGUCAGGAGCUCAGCGAGGACCGAGCCUAGGAGGCUGGCCAGCACCUUGCGGCUUUUGGGACGGUGGCAGCAGCGGCGUUCAGGUUCUAAAUGGCUUCUAAGAAGUUGGGUGCAGAUUUUCAUGGGACUUUCAGUUACCUUGAUGAUAUCCCAUUUAAGAUAGGAGACAAAUUCAAAACACCAGCUAAAGUUGGUCUACCUAUUGGCUUCUCCUUGCCUGAUUGUUUGCAGGUUGUCAGAGAAGUACAGUAUGACUUCUCCUUGGAAAAGAAGACCAUCGAGUGGGCUGAAGAUAUUAAGAAAAUCCAAGAAGCUGAGCGGGAAGCCGAGUGCAAGAUUGAGGAAGCAGAAGCUAAAGUGAAUUCACAGAGUAGCCCAGAGGGUGAUAGCAAAAUGAGCUUUUCCAAGACUCACAGUAGAGCCACGAUGCCACCUCCUAUUAACCCCAUCCUUGCCAGCUUACAGCACAAUAGCAUCCUCACCCCUACUCGGGUCAGCAGUAGUGCCACGAAACAGAAAGUUCUCAGCCCACCCCACACAAAGGCAGAUUUCAAUCCUGCUGACUUUGAGUGUGAAGAAGACCCAUUUGAUAAUCUGGAGUUAAAAACUAUUGAUGAGAAGGAAGAACUGAGAAACAUUUUGGUAGGAACCACUGGACCCAUUAUGGCUCAGUUUUUGGACAAUAACUUACCCAGAGGAGGUUCUGGGUCUAUGUUAGAGGAUGAGGAGGUUCUGGCAUCGUUGGAGCGGGUGACCCUAGACUUCAAACCUCUUCAUAAACCCAAUGGCUUUAUAACCUUACCACAGUUGGGCAACUGUGAAAAGAUGUCGCUGUCUUCCAAAGUGUCCCUCCCCCCCAUCCCUGCAGUAAGCAAUAUCAAAUCCCUGUCCUUCCCUAAACUUGACUCUGAUGACAACAAUCAGAAGACAGCCAAACUGGCAAGCACUUUCCAUAGCACAUCCUGCCUCCGCAGUGGUACGUUCCAGAAUUCCCAAAAGCCUUCCACCCAAAGCAGUGCCAGUGAGCUCAAUGGGCAUCAUACUCUUGGGCUUUCAGCUUUGAACUUGGACAGUGGCACAGAGAUGCCAACCCUGAUGUCCUCCCAGAUGCCUUCUCACUCUUUAUUGUCUGUGUACAUGGAAGAAUCAUCACCUCCAAAUACAGGUCCCACAGUUACCCCUCCUAAUUUCUCAAUGUCACAAGUGCCCAACAUGCCCAGCUGUCCCCAGGCCUAUUCUGAACUACAGACACUGUCUCCCAGCGAGCGGCAGUGUGUGGAGACAGUGGUCAAUAUGGGCUACUCAUAUGAGUGUGUCCUGAGAGCCAUGAAGAAAAAAGGAGAGAACAUUGAACAGAUUCUCGACUAUCUCUUUGUACAUGGACAGCUUUGUGAGAAGGGUUUUGACCCUCUUUUAGUGGAAGAGGCUCUGGAAAUGCACCAGUGUUCAGAAGAGAAGAUGAUGGAGUUUCUUCAGUUAAUGAGCAAAUUUAAGGAAAUGGGCUUUGAACUGAAAGACAUUAAGGAGGUUUUGCUAUUACACAACAAUGACCAGGACAAUGCUUUGGAAGACCUCAUGGCUCGGGCAGGAGCCAGCUGAGACCAGGCCCUGCCUAGGUCCUGUUGUGGAGACACCACCCCCAGGAGGCCCUGCACAGCCCACCUGUGGGAAAAGAGAAGGGGCGCACUUCUGGAUUUUCUUUUGGGGUUUAGAAGGUCAGAUGUGGAGACUGUGCUUGCUAGUCUCUGAGCCUAGGCCAUUAGCCUGGGAGAAAAUGGGGAAGAUCUGGGCAUGUGAAUGGCCCCAGAACAGUCCUGGCUCCUUCCAUAUGAAAUGUAUUUGCAAUUUGAGAAGCGUCCUAACCACCUCAGCCCUCCAGAGAGACUGUCCUGGUCUCUCUGGGGUCUUUGUGUACUCAGCUGAAACCUGGCCAAGAGUUGUCAGGGAGCAUGGGUGGGAGGACGAGACUCAGUGCUGCUUUCCCUCCACUCUACACAGUGGACUGAACUCCAAUUUUAAGUUGAGUGUAAGUGAAAAAUUUUUUUUUAGGGCUUUGUUUAUUUUUCCCUCCUUUUAACAAAGUCUCUUAGUGUUGACACUGGUUCUGCAAAGUCUCUGAGGUGCAAAGAAUGCACUUUUCCCUACGGGACCUAGAGUUUGCCUCUUCUGCAAGGCAUUGACCAUGCUUCCUGCUCCAGCCUGUUUCUCUUGGCUUAGUUUGGACCACAGUCCUUUGCUACCCAGGGUUUUAGAGUCCCUGCUCUAGGAAACAGUUGUCAGUUUAAGAAAUUAUUGGUCCCUUCUCAGCACGUUGAAUGGAUCAGAAAACAGGUCGUGAUUUCAUUGGCGAGCACUAACUCCACCUCUGUUCUCCUUGAACAGCCUCUCCCUCCAGCCCACUGCUUUAGGAUGAUACAAUGAGUAACACCUAGUCAUAGAAAUCAGUCUUUUUGUUUUGUUUUGUAUUAUGUUGUACAUCAUUAAAGAUCUAAACACAAAGGAUAUACAGUCUUGAUGAAUCUAAAAUAAUUUGCUAACUAUUUUGAUUCUUCAGAGAGAACUACUAAUAAAAAUCUAAAAG